GUCGAACUUCUUUUUCUUCGACCUGUUCUAGGAGCAACAUGUCUACUCCUUGGGAUGGACGGAGAGUGAUGGUAAUAUUUCUGGCCACUAUGGACGAUCCGGAACUGGUCGAUGGCGAAUCUGCGGAUGAGCUCAUGGGUCACAGUAUCGGCCUGACCUAUAACGACUUCAAUAUCUUACCUGGAAUGAUCGACUUUUCCGUACAUGAUGUCAGACUUGACACAAAUCUUACGCGAAAUAUCCGGAUCAAAGCUCCACUGGUGUCGUCGCCGAUGGAUACGGUAACCGAGAGUGGGAUGGCCAUUGUCAUGGCGCUUUACGGCGGUAUAGGUAUAAUUCAUGGCAACUUUCCUAAACCCGAGGAUCAGGCAGCAGAGGUAUUGAAAGUUAAGAGAUUCAAGCAAGGUUUUGUCAUGCAACCGCAUUGUUUGAAACCGGAUGCUAGUCUUUGGGAUAUGAUGCAAAUCAAGAAGGUUUAUGGAUAUACGGGUGCACCAGUGACGGAAACGGGUAAAGUCGGCUCAAAACUCUUAGGAAUGAUUAGUUCACGCGACUUUGAUUUUAUCGAGGUCGAUGACGAAAUUCAAAAACGAACACCUAUUACCGAAAUCAUGGUGGAAGUUGAGAAGCUCGUCUUGGGAGAUAUUUCGCUUCCAAUGGAAAAAGCUCAAAAAAUGCUCAAAGAUCAUCGCCUUGGUAAGCUUCCCAUCGUCAAUGAGAAAGGCGAGUUGAUUGCACUGUUAUGUCGUUCGGAUCUGCUCAAGGCUCGCAACUAUCCCAUGGCUUCCUAUGACUCUAAAGGGCAGUUACUAUGCGGCGCUGCGGUGAAUACCAGAGAAACUUCAAAACACACUAUAGAGCUGUUAGUAGAAGCUGGAGCAGAUGUGAUUGUUAUCGAUUCAUCCAAUGGAUCCUCCUCCUACCAGAUCGAUAUGCUCAAAUAUAUCAAGAAGACAUAUCCUCAAGUCGAUGUGAUUGCCGGAAAUGUAGUCACGAGAAAGCAAGCAAAGCUGCUUAUCGACGCUGGUGCCGAUGCUCUGCGCGUAGGCAUGGGAAGCGGAUCCAUUUGCAUCACACAAGACAUUAUGGCUGUGGGACGAGCGCAGGGCUCUGCGGUCUAUGCGGUAUCUUCCUACGCCAGAACGAGGGGCAUUCCAGUGGUAGCCGAUGGUGGCAUUCGUGACGUCGGCUACAUCACCAAGGCUGUGGCGCUCGGUGCAAGUGCCGUUAUGAUGGGUGGUCUUCUGGCAGCCACAACUGAGGCACCAGGCGAAUACUUCUGGGGACCUGGUGGUGUGCGCGUAAAGAAGUACCGUGGCAUGGGCUCACUCGAUGCUAUGGAAGCGCAUGCAUCUAGUCAAGACCGCUACUUCACAUCUGAUGCCGAUCAAAUCAAAGUUGCGCAAGGUGUUUCAGCCACGAUGAAGGAUCGAGGGUCUUGCCAUAAAUUUGUGCCUUACCUCGUGCGCGGAGUUCAGCAUGGAUUUCAGGACAUCGGUGUACGCUCUUUGGAGGAGCUUCACGCGAAAGUUGCCUCGGGCGAAGUGCGUUUUGAAAGACGGUCACCCAAUGCUCAACUCGAGGGUGGCGUGCAUUCACUGCAUUCAUUCGAAAAACGCCUCUACUAGACGUGCAUCGCUCUUUCAACGAUUCCACUCGGUCGCCUAGCGAUGUUGUUGAUUUUUUGUUCAUCUUUCUUUUGUUUCGUAAUCUCCUCGAUUGUUCUUGUUGUUUCUUUCCUAUCACUACACUCAUUUCACUGUUGAUUUCUUACUGUACUGGUUCUCAUUUCGUAAACUCACCAACAUCACAUUUAACUUUGUUACUUUAGAGCCAGCUAUCAUCUUACCACUGAUUUCGUAG